AUGACAUCUGAAGCUGAUGCCAGGGAGCCCACGACCAACGUUUUGGCCGGUCUGUCAUGCGAGAAGAUGAAACAAUUCAAGGAAAAAGCCGAGCGACGUGGUGUAGUAUACAUCUCUCGUGUGCCACCCUUUAUGAAGCCUGAAAAGUUGCGAUAUCUGCUGACCAAGUACGGCGAUCUAAAUCGCAUCUACCUCGUGCCAGAGGACAAGACACUUCACAAUAAACGAGUGAGUACAGGUGGUAACCGCCGUCAAAAGUACACGGAAGGAUGGAUUGAGUUUGAGGACAAAAAGGUGGCCAAACGUGUGGCCAAAAUGCUGAAUACGACGCAAAUCGGUGGCCGGAAACGCGAUUACUAUCAUGACGACAUAUGGAACCUCAAAUACCUCAAGGGUUUCAAAUGGGACCAUUUGACAGAGAAGAUUGCGUACGAGAAUCGCAUUCGUGACCAAAAGUUACGGAUGGAAAUCGCACAGGCCAAGAAGGAAAAUGAAGCGUACUUGGAACGUGUGGAUCAGUCAAAACAGUUUGAGAAGAUGGAGGCACGCAAGGCCGACAAGAAGAUGGACAAGGAUGGUGCACAUGAUACUAUGCAACAGGUGCGUCGUACGUUCCAUCAGAAGACGCCAACCAGUAGCAAACAGAACCAGUCACUAGGAGACAGAGACCUAGAAAAAGUCUUUGUCGCAAGUAGCAAGAACAAGAAACGCCGUGUUGCUUAG